AUGAAGUGGCUUGCCCUUGUACUGUUCUUUAUCCAGACAGGAAGUCUUUUGCCCUGCGUUUUUGAUAGAGUUGAUAAGUUUCAUGACAGUGUCUACAAGGAUUGGAUCAUUUCCCAUGAGAAUGGGUCUGAUUGCUUUUCUGCAUGUUACAACGACAAGGAUUGCAUCGGAUUCAAUUAUUAUGAUAACAUGUGCGAUAUAUAUACGUUACAAUAUGGAACUGAUACAUUCGAGUGUGAUUCGACUGAAACCUGCUUUACUCUCCAACGCGACGAAGUGGAUCCUGUGUGCAAAAAAUACGUGAAUGUUUGA